UUCAAACCGCGUUACCGGUAAGAGAAAGUUGAGGAGAACGGGUUGAGCGGAGCCGUUUAAGCGUUUGUUAAAGUAUAAAAUAAUGUGUUUUAGUGCUUCGUCUUGAGCUGUAAGGAUGAACCCCUGAAAUUGACUUGAAGACUGCAGUUUAUAACUGUUACCUGAAGAUUGAUGAGACACGUGACGUUAUCAUAAAGAUGGCGUUUAUUAAAGAGGAGAGUGAAGAUGUGAAGAUUGAAGAAACAUUCACAGUCAAACAUGAAGAUCCCGAAGAACAAGCAGAAAGAUCAUCCAAAACAGUCAGAAUGAGCAAGAGAUCGUUCCUCGUUCCCCAGGGGCUUGAUGUGUGUUUCCUGACAGACUCCAUGUGUCUGGGCAUCGAGGAGUUUUUUCCAAACGCUCACUGCUGGGUUCAUCCCGCCGCCAGUCUUCUCCAAUCCGCUCACACACACGUCAAACCCUUCGUGAAGCUGCUUAGGCCUACAGUGGUGGUCCUCCACAUGGGCACUCAUGACAUCUCCUGCCGAGCGUUAUCGCUGAGUGUCGUCCACCGGGUGAAAGCUCUCACCGCACAGAUCUCUCGAGCUAACCCACAGGUUCUGUUCUUCGUCAUCAGCGCCAUUUUACCACGACUGAGAGACGACUGCUUCACCAAAGCAACAGUCAAACAGACCAACAGAAUGGUUUAUCGCUGGACCAAACAUCCUCUUCCUCAACACCUCCAAAAGUUACCUCAAAUACAGAUGCAUCGACCAAAGCCUGUAUGA